CAGGGCCGGGCCGGAGCCGCGCAGCGGCGGCAGCGCCAUGGGGCUGGAGACGGAGAAAGUGGACACCCGCAUCUUCAUGGACGACGACGACAACUUCCCGCGGAGCGGCGGCCCCGCGCUGUCGGACGCGGAGAAGUGCGCGGAGGACGAGCUGGACCGCGACCCCCACGGGCUGAACUCCCACCUGCAGCUGGGGUUCGAGGAUGUGAUCGCGGAGCCCGAGCUCACCCACUCCUUCGACAAGGUGUGGAUCUGCAGCCACGCUCUGUUUGAGCUCAGCAAGUACGUGAUCUACAAGGUCCUGACUCUGGUCCUCGCCAUUCCGAUGGCCCUGGUUGUGGGGAUCGUCUUCGCCACGCUCAGCUGCCUCCACAUCUGGGUUGUGGUGCCUUUUGUGAAAACCUGUCUCAUGGUCCUGCCUUCAGUGCAAACUGUAUGGAAGAGCCUGACAGAUGUUUUUGUUGUACCAUUCUUUCAGAGCCUAGGCCGGUGCUUUGCCAUGGUUAAUAUACGCCUGGACCAAGAGUAAACAUCAGAGAUGUGACACUGCUGUAGUUGUAGCUGGUGUUAUACUUCUUUGCUAACCUAACAUACAAGCACUUGCCAUUCAUUCCAAACUUAAAUUACAAUGGCUGGUUUAAGUGGGAACAUGCUGUUUUUAUUAAAACUCAUUUAUUAUCAGGGAGAUCCAUUUAAGAAUUAGUAGGCAGUUUUCAUAUCUCACUAUUUUAACAACAGAGUGAUCAUGGAGUAUAUUGGCAACACUUUAUUUUAAUGGUAGGUUGAUUGGUAGAUUAUGGGAGAAUUCUCAUGGAGGACUAAAUGCCACCACAGUGAUAAUGAUUGGUGUUAUUGCUAUAAAUAAAUAAAGGAAUAGGCUGUGAUACCUUAGACAAAACAGAUCUCUAGGGUUUCCCACUGACUUUACUGCAGUUCCACCAGGGAUAAUUUUUGGCCUCGCUAUGCAGAAUGAUAAACCCAGUCCUCUGUUAUCAGCAGUUAAAGUGAAUGUGACUCAUUGCAUAAACAUACAGGGAAAGGAACUGUUGUGUAAUUCUCCUGUAUUGGGCGGGGGAGAGGGGAAGCUCCCUAGAAGUUUAUCCCUUAAAAUAAGGUGUUGGUUAAUGAUCUGUAACAUUAGCUAAUCUGUAUAUUUUAUUUAAUGAGAGAUUAACUUUGCUGUAUAUUUUGUACCUUUGUAAAUGACAGUUGAUCAGGUUUCUAUGAAGCAUAGUUUCUCUAGUAUUUGAAUUCUAACCAACUUAUUAAGCAGCAAGAGUGAGACACUGCAAAAAUAAUUUUAGAUAACUAAAAUUUCAUUUUCUAAAUUAAAUAGAUUUUGAGUGUUGCUGUGCAAUUCUAAUAUAUUAAUUAUAUAUGAUUGUGUGUAAAAGCAAAGAUUAUAAGUGUUUUUAUACACGAUUAUGCAAAAGACUUGGAAAUAUCUGUUUAUGAGAAAUGGUUUUUAUUAAAAAUUGGGUGUAAUAAAUGCUACCCUGCCUAUUUCUGUAUAUUGUUGGUGUGAACAUUGUGAUAUUUAAAGGAAUAGACACUAUGCUAGCACUUUAACCAGUUGCAAGCUCUUAUAGAAGGCAAGUGACUGUACUUGGUAUCCUUGUCUAAUUCUCCUAACCUAUUGACUUGACUCUCUCUGUUGCUUUUUUACUAUUUCAGAGCUUAACCCCUGAAAAAGACCCUUCUUUCUUCUGCACGUAAUAUGACUUUUUAAACCAGAAUAACAGAAAAUGUGCAGAGGUACAUUAAAAUUACAUUAGCCUUCUGCUGGGCUUAUGCUGCUGUUUUAUUUAAAUACAGAUGGUAAGUUGCAAUUGUAAAAUGUUUGUAUGGUUUAGAAUGUUAUUUUCUAAAAUGUCUCAAAUUUCUUAUCAAACAAGAGGUAUCUAAUAAAAUAAUAAAAUGUCA